AUGGAAAGCUCAACUCUUCAUGCGCUUGUCGAGCGCGCUGUCGAUUCAUGUGAUUCAGGAAAUGAAUUCGAUGGCCGUCUCGGCUUGCGUAUCUCUUCAAUCUUUGUGAUCAUGAUUGGAUCUACCUUUGGUGCCCUUUUCCCAGUCUUUGCUCGACGGUUUGUUGGGAGUGGAGGGCUUCCAGGUUGGGCUUUCUUCUUUGCUAAAUAUUUCGGGUCUGGUGUCAUUGUCGCCACUGCCUUCAUUCACCUACUUGCCCCCGCAGAGGAGGCCCUGACCAACCCAUGCUUGACCGGUCCGAUAACUGACUACAGCUGGGUGGAAGGGAUCGUGUUGAUGACGAUCAUUGUGCUGUUUUUUGUCGAGCUCAUGGUCAUGCGAUACUCUCAUUUUGGCUCCGGUCAUGGGCACUCCCACGACGAAGAAGCGCAUUCCCACGCACAUAUCGGCACUGCGGAGCCCAUGGCUGAGGAGCUCACUCCGGUCAAGACACACCACAUCCCCGGUGAAGAUCAUCUAGGCCACUCCCGCGAACACCAUGAUGCCGAGGAAUCUGAAGAGAAACACGCCACUUUGAGUGAGGACUACGCAGCGCAAUUGACCUCCAUCUUCAUUUUGGAAUUCGGUAUCAUCUUCCAUUCCAUCUUCAUCGGUCUUACACUGGCGGUUUCUGGCGAGGAGUUCACAACUCUCUACAUUGUGCUGGUCUUCCAUCAGACCUUUGAAGGUCUUGGUCUUGGUUCCCGUCUCGCUCUUAUCCCAUGGCCCAAGGCCAAACGUCUCACCCCCUACUUUUUAGGGAUGGCUUUUGGUAUUUCCACCCCCAUUGCCAUUGCGAUUGGAUUGGGAGUUCGAAACAGCUACCCGCCUACGGGGAAAACCACUCUGAUCGUCAAUGGUGUGUUUGAUUCAAUUUCCGCGGGUAUUUUGAUCUACACUGCCCUUGUUGAGCUGAUGGCGCACGAAUUUAUGUUCAGUAACGCCAUGCGGAAGGCCCCUAUUCGAGAGGUGCUCGCUGCCUUCACCUUGCUCUGCAUGGGAGCUGCCCUCAUGGCCUUGCUGGGCAAGUGGGCCUAA